GCUCGAGUUAAAGCGGUACACGGUUGUGGUAGAGAGGGAACAGGCGUUGUUGAAAGGAAGCUGAAACGGCAGUUGGUACGCAAGCUAUUGCUUUUUAACGUUGCUUGCAUCCAUUGCUAUUUCCUAAUGGCAACGGAGGAGAAAAGGAAAUCUGUGUCGCAGGCUGAAUCAGAAGUCGGUUCGUUACCGACACCUCAUGGCUACAAUAACAAUAAUAACAACAACAACAAUAAUAAUAAAGAUAGCGAGGGAAGCGAGAAUACGACCACGGCCACUUCGAGCGGGACAGGAACUCACAGCAUCGGGAACGGCUCUGGAGUCAACCCUACAUUGGGAAAUAACGGGAAAUGGGUCCGGUUGAACGUCGGCGGCACAGUAUUCCUCACAACGCGGCAUACCCUACUCAAAGAACAAACGUCCUUUCUCUAUCGGCUCUGUCAACAACAGGACUUACAUUCGGACACGGACGAGACAGGGGCCUAUGUGAUAGACAGAGACCCCACCUACUUCGGCCCCAUCCUUAACUACCUGCGACACGGCAAACUGGUCUACAACAAGGAGCUGGCUGAAGAAGGUGUGUUAGAGGAAGCUGAGUUCUACAACAUCACUCCUCUGAUAAAACUGAUCAAGGAGAGGAUUCUGGAGCGGGACUGUAAAGUCACACAGCAGGUGCCUCCUAAACAUGUGUACCGGGUGCUGCAGUGCCAGGAGGAGGAGCUCACCCAGAUGGUUUCCACCAUGUCAGACGGCUGGAAGUUUGAGCAGGUCAGCGUGCGCACCUGCAGAAAGCCCCGCACCGGACUGCUCUGGACUAUGGUAAACAUUGGUUCGUCGUAUAGCUAUGGGACAGAGGACCAGGCAGAGUUUCUGUGUGUGGUGUCCAAGGAGCUACACACACCUGGGUCAGGCCUGGGCACCGAACAGAGCCACAAGACCAAGGCUUCAGAGGUGCAGCAGGAGAAAGGAGCGCAGGAUGAGGUGGAGGGAGGAGAGAGAAAUACCACCCCGAAUGAGUGGAUAAGGGAAUGACAGUCUUGUGUCAGUGUUCCAAAGACGUGAAUGGCUUUUUCAGAUCCAUGGAUCCCGGAUGUACUAGAGAGAAUUGUACUUUUUUAGCUUGACAUUUCAUUUUGUGUUUGUUGACAUAUGUUUUAUCAUUGUUGUUGCUUUUGGAGAAAAAACCCCCAGAAGUGCUCAAAUAUUAUUUUCAAAGACUAUCGAAGUGUCCCUCUCACCAGCAGCGAAACGCCAACAUUUCAACAUGUGUAGAGACGGAUAUAUGUUUAAAAAAAAAAAUUAUAAUUAUUAUCAUCUAUCAUUUUUUAAUGUAUUUUAGUUCCAAUCACCACUUAAGCCGUGGAAGUUAGUGAAUCUUAGUAAAAUAGAUUUGACCAAAGACAAUGAUUAAAAGCACUGCAAAUCAAUGUGCUCAUCCAAAUGUGAAAAAUGGUAUGAAAUUUACAUGAAAUAUGUGGAAUCUGACUCAUAAGUAAAUUGUUGUUGUUUGCAGUA